AUGACCGUUACCGUUACCAGACCAACAGCUGAAAUAUCUUAUGAUGAUGGUGUCACUAGGUGUACAACGGGAACAUCAACCUACAGACACAAAUGUACUAUCAUAGGAAAGAUCUGUUCUGAUUAUGUUGUUGACACUAUCGUCUUAUCAAAAGAUUUCAAUACAGCGACAAUGAAUACGAGUAGUCUCGAAUGGAUGAAAAAUGAUCAGUAUUGUUUUUAUUACUGUCUCUAUUUCUUUUUUCUGGUAUUCUCUCUGAUCGAUCAAUCAACACAACAAUAA